ACAAACUACUUGAAGGUUGCCUCUAAGAUUAGCUAAUAGCAAAAUGGAGAAUUUCGCAAGUUUUUCCAAAGCUACUUCCAACACAUUCAAUUGCAUUCUAAGUUAUUCAUUUGCUUGUGUUAAUUUGUAACUUCACACACUUACCUACCUUUAUAUACUAUUUCUAAUCAACCCAAUUCUUCCAAAUUAGAACUCAAUUGACAAUUAUCAUCUCCUAUUCUUCAUUUUCCUUUCUCCAUCUUUGAAGAGGAUAAAUUGUUCUAAGACCAAUAGAAAUGGAAGGAGAGCAAAAGUUCCUCCAUGGAACAAUUGAAGUUACAAUUUUUGAUGCAACACCUUAUACACCUCCAUUUCCUUUCAAUUGUCUAUUUAUGAAUCCAAAGGCUGCAUAUGUGACCAUCAAGAUAGACAAGAAGAAGGUGGCAAAGACGACUCAUGAAAGUGAUCGUAUAUGGAACCAAACAUUUCAAAUUCUAUGUGCUCAUCCUUUAGAUUCAAUCAUUACCAUUACUUUGAAAACAAAAUGCUCAAUCUUCGGAAAAUUUCAAAUCCAAGCACACAAAAUCCUCACCCAAGAAACCUUCAUUAAUGGUUUCUUUCCACUUCUAAUGGAAAAUGGUAAGCCAAAUCCUGAAGUCAAGCUCAGAUUCUUGUUAUGGUUUAAACCAGCAGAAAUCGAACCAAGUUGGAGAAAAAUACUCAGCAAUGGUGAAUUCCAAGGACUUAAAAAUUCUACAUUUCCUCAGAGAUCGAAUUGCCAUGUGACACUUUAUCAAGAUGCUCACCAUCUCAAUACCUUUCAACCUCCGCUUGCUCUUUGUGGGUCUCCAAGAAAAUUAUGGGAGGAUGUUUAUAAAGCCAUUGAUGGUGCAAAGCAUUUAAUUUACAUUGCAGGGUGGUCUUUCAAUCCCAAGAUGGUCCUAGUAAGGGAUCCUGAAACAGAAAUCCCACGUGCAAUAGGAAUAAAGCUUGGAGAGUUAUUGAAAAGAAAAGCUGAGGAAGGUGUGGCAGUUAGAAUUAUGGUUUGGGAUGAUGAAACUUCUUUGCCUAUAAUCAAGAACAAAGGAGUAAUGAGAACUCAUGAUGAAGAUGCAUUUGCCUAUUUCAAACACACAAAAGUAAUAUGCAAAUUAUGUCCAAGAUUACACCAUAAGUUCCCUACUUUGUUUGCUCAUCAUCAGAAGACUAUAACAAUAGAUACAAGAGGAAGUGAUUCGAUAAACAAUGAUAGAGAAAUCAUGAGCUUCGUUGGUGGUCUAGAUCUCUGCGAUGGUCGAUUUGACACAGAACAACAUUCUUUGUUUCGAACAUUAAAUAAAGAAUCACAUUUUUGUGAUUUCUAUCAAACGAACAUUUCUGGUGCUAGUCUUCAUAAGGGAGGGCCAAGAGAGCCAUGGCAUGAUACACAUGCUUGUAUUAUUGGUCAGGCUGCUUGGGAUAUACUAACUAAUUUUGAGGAAAGGUGGAAUAAACAAUUUGACCCUUCUUUAUUAAUCCCUACUAAUUCUAUACCAAAUCUCAUCCACCAAUCUAUUUCUUCAAGCAUUUCCAAUGCUAGAAAUUGGAAAGUUCAAGUCUUUCGAUCAAUUGAUCAUGUUUCAGCAACCUUAAUGGCAAAACACAUGAAAGUGGAGAAGAGCAUUCAUGAAGCUUAUGUAGAAGCAAUUAGAAAAGCAGAAAGGUUUAUCUACAUUGAGAACCAGUAUUUUAUUGGAGGGUGUCAUUUGUGGGAUAAAGAUAAGCAUAGUGGAUGUAGAAAUUUAAUUCCUAUUGAAAUUGCACUUAAAAUAGUGACUAAGAUUAAGGCAAAAGAGAGAUUUGCAGUAUAUAUUCUGAUACCAAUGUGGCCUGAAGGGGUUCCAGAGAGUGAACCUGUUCAGGAUAUAUUGCAUUGGACUAGACAGACGAUGGCAAUGAUGUACAAGCUGAUAGGAGAAGCAUUGCAGGAAUCCGGCGAGCCGGGCCAUCCAAGAGAUUACUUGAACUUCUUUUGCCUUGCUAAUAGGGAAAAAGAGAGCAAAGGAGAGUUUGUUCCUCCAUAUUCACCCCAUCCUUCAACACAAUAUUGGAAUGCACAAAAGCACAGGAGAUUUAUGAUUUAUGUACACUCCAAGCUCAUGAUAGUGGAUGACGCGUACAUAUUAAUAGGAUCAGCAAAUGUGAAUCAAAGGUCAAUGGAUGGGCAACGAGACACUGAGAUUGCAAUAGGGUGCUUCCAACAAGAAAAUGGGAAAAACAAGAUUACUACUAAUGAUAUAAAAGCAUACCGUAUGUCAUUAUGGUAUGAACAUACUGGCCUAGCAGUAGAAACAUUCCAAAAUCCACAAAGUUUGGAAUGUGUCCAAAGAAUUUAUACCUUAGGGGAUAUAAUGUGGAAAGUUUACAGUUCUGAAGAAGUUAUAGACAUGGAAGGUGUGCAUUUAGUAAAUUAUCCAGUUAAUGUGACAAAGGAUGGUCUUGUGGAGGAUCUUGUUGAUGGAAAUAGUAAUUUUCCUGAUACAAAAACCCCAGUCAAGGGUAGGAGGUCAAAGAUUCUACCUCCUAUUUUCACUACAUAGUUCUUAAGAGAGAUAAUAAUGGAUUAAUUGCUAAUUAAGUUAAAUGCUAGUUCAUCAAUGGUAUGAUAUUUUUUAAUA